CCCUCCUUUUCCAACACAGUAAAUUUUCCAAUCUUCUAUAUAAAGGAUGCAAUCAGGAUUGAAUAAUAGCAUCUCCAAUUUCAUUCACAUAAAAAGAAACUGGUAUACUUUUCCCUUUCUCGUUGUCAAGAUAAUGGCUUCAAAAACUGGCAGCACAAACAAAGCAAACUAUGUACCACUGUAUGUAAUGCUUCAGUUGGGAGUUGUUACCAGAGAAAACAAAUUCCCAGACCAAGAGAAGCUGGAGGUGCAGCUAAAAGAGCUAAAAGCAGCUGGAGUUGAUGGUGUAAUGGUAGAUGUCUGGUGGGGAAUUAUCGAGGCCAAAGGUCCCAAACAGUACGAUUGGUCUUCCUACAAGAAAUUGUUCCUACUUGUUCAAAAAUGUGGAUUGAAAAUACAGGCUAUAAUGUCAUUCCACCAGUGUGGUGGCAAUGUAGGGGAUGCUGUGUACAUUCCUAUCCCAGAUUGGGUACUUGCUGUUGGAGAAGAAGAUCCUGAUAUUUUCUACACUAACCGAUCAGGUACUAGGGACAAAGAGUACCUCUCGCUUGCUGUGGAUAACUUGCCUCUCUUUGGAGGUCGAACUGCUGUCCAGAUGUAUAGUGAUUACAUGAAGAGCUUUAGAGCAAACAUGUCAGACAUUUUGGAAGCGGGAACCAUUGUUGACAUUGAGGUAGGACUAGGCCCUGCAGGAGAGCUCAGAUAUCCAUCAUAUCCUGAAACUCAAGGAUGGGUUUUCCCUGGCAUUGGAGAAUUUCAGUGCUAUGACAAGUAUUUGAGACAAGAUUUUAAGAAGGCUGCAACCAAAGCAGGGCACCCAGAAUGGGACCUACCAGAUGAUGCAGGAACAUACAAUAACACCCCUGAGAAAACAGGAUUUUUCAGAUCAAAUGGAACUUACCAGACAGAAAAGGGAAAGUUUUUCUUAACAUGGUACUCUAACAAUUUAAUAUACCACGGGGGUCAAAUACUUGAGGAAGCCAACAAAGCCUUCUUGGGAUGCAAGGUCAAGCUCGCUGCUAAGGUACGUGUUAUUAGCAUAAGCUUAAUAUGUAUGGACGUGGAAUUGCUUAUAAUAUCUGGAAUAUAAAGUUCAACAACAGUC